AUGUACCAGCGAGCACUAGCAAGCUAUGAAAAAUCCCUGGAUCCAGGUCAUACGAGCACCCUCCGAACCGUCAACAAUCUUGGCCUUCUCUACAAGGAUCAGGGUAGGCUGGAGGAGGCAGAGAAUAUGCACCAGCGAGCACUGACAGGCUGUCAGAAGGCUCUCGCUCCAGAUCACGAUCGGACUCGGCGACUUGCAGAGACGUGGAAUUUAUUGAGCGUUACGGACAGAAAAUAG